AGUGACCGACUGUACUAUUUCCUCUGUGUACAUUCAUUACAACCGUCUGUAAGCAGUGUUCGUGUCUUCCUUCAAAAUGGACGCCACGGAUAGAGAACGUCUUCUUCGUAACCGGAUCGACCUCUUGGACUCUCUUAAUGUACAUAACGUCAUCCAUUAUCUGUACCAAGAGGGCAUCUUCAGUGAAGAUGACAUAGAAAGAGCGUGUUCCGGCACAACCCGGCGAGACAAAGUGUGGAUAAUGUUGGACCUGUUACUACUGAGAGGACCACAAGCCUACAGCACGUUCAGACAGGCGCUACAGGAGAACUACCCCUGGCUGGUCGACAAACUGGACAAAACGGACGUUAGCAACUUCCAACGUCCGACAAUUUACAGGAAACAAGUUCGGAAAGAUGGUCACGUGAGCGUGAGUGAGACUAGGCUACAAGGACAGGGGAACGUCGUGGUCCAAGCGGGGUCAAACGCCGUGGUCAACAUUGGACUCCCGACAACGUUCCGACGGAAAUGAUAGUCAUGAUAUUGAACGAAUGAAAGAACUUUAUUCUACAGUCAUAUAACAGAUCGACCGUCGCAAAACUAAGAAUCAGUCACAAAUUGCGAAUCGAAUCAGGAAGACCUAACCACACCCCUAGAGCAAAGAUUCUAUUUGUCAAUUUUGUAGUUUAGGUAA